UUUACGCAAUUAAAUUGGACCUGUGCAUACUGAGGUUAGGCCGAAAUUUCAGUUGAGGUUAUGUUUGGUCUAUGUUUUGAUUUCGCGUUAUCGGGUGUCAAGGGUCAUAUUGCGUGAUUAAAAUGUUUGGAAUAUGUUACUCCGAAGGCGCUCAUCAAGUCCUAAACUCGCUUUUGCAAGAUUUCUAUCUGCUAUACUUUCAAAGGUAUUCCAGGUCCGAGCAUAACCUGAAAAUAUCAAUUAUCUUAUGAAAAUAUUGUAGUUUAAGUGGUACAAAAUUAAGCUAAUUACAUUACGUCGAACAAAUCAAACAAUUUUUUCAAUAUUCUCUUCUGCCUCUUUAUUACGAAAUCAAAAAAAACAUGGCCCUCUUCGAUUACAAUCUCAAAAGAUUAACAUUUGUUACUCGGAUAUUGAUGAAUCGCGAUAUCCGAUUCAUUUUACCAUUGAUAAUGGCUAACUACACACGUUUGCAACUUUUACGUCUUGUGAAAAUGAACUUAAGAGUAAAAUCCAUUCCUGACGAGGCUCUACAGCUCUUUAUUGGCAGAGAAUUAUCAUCUACGACCAAUUACGUCGAUACCUAUUCGUGCAUUUUAGCUAAUGCCAAGCUAAUUAAUGUCUCGACUAUUUCGUGGUAUUAUGUGUGCUAUACAUCUUCUUUGAAGAAAUACAAGGUGACAAUUAUUCCAAGCAAUCAUGCUAACACCGAUGAGCUUGUGAUGUCAGAAACGAUGAAGUUCAACAUACAGAGCUAUCUAAGCGUGACAGACUUUGAAUCAGAUCGAUAUUUUAUAAUCGCAGCCUCAGAUCCUGAUCAAGGGAUUGCAGAAGAAGCUGAAAUAUCUUUAAUAUCAAAUCCGUAUGAAUGUCUAGAAGAUUUGGUCGAUACUUUACUGCAUAAUUACUUUUCUGAGGCUCGAUAUCUGAGGGAAAAUGACGUCUUCUCCAUUGAUAUAAAAAACUUUGCACCCAGCUUCCAGUUCCUAGUGGCUGGUAACAACUUCAAUGCAGUUCUCUUCAAAGUCAGACAUUUGAAUGUUGAUAAGCUCACUCAAAAUCCACGGAAAGGGUGUUUUAUCGUACGAGGCAUAACUAGUCUGGUUCAAAAAUCAAAUAUCCAUAGCUAUAUUCCACGCCGGUAUCUAAUCUCGGCUUAUAAAUUCGAAAAUGGGUUAUUAGAUGACAACAAAGUGAUGGACUCUUUUUUGAGCAAUUGUCCACCAGCGUUGGAAGAGCCUUUGAAAUCGCUUACAGCUUGUAUUUCGCCUUUCAUUCAGCACGAUAGUUUUGUUGAUGUACGACCAGUCUUUCUUGUGGAGGGGUCCGAAGGAAGUGGGAAAUCUAAUUUAGUACGAAUUACUGCGGAGAGGAUGGGCCUCAAUUUAUUGAAAGUCGAUUUUUCUGACGUGCAAUCUUUGACCAGCGCCCAAACAGAGGCAAAACUUAGAAUAGUUUUUCACAAUGCACAAAAUUGCGUACCGUGCAUUUUAAUGCUGAGUAACAUUCAGAUCUUUGGUAAGGAUGGAGAGGGUAAAGAAGACGAGCGAAUAAUAUCCUCAUUUAAUUCCGAGUUAAGAAAUUUGUACAAAGUGGGCUCUAAGUACCCGUUGAUUGUAGUCGCUACUGCUGAUACUUCGAGAAUACCUGCUAGUUUGCAGCAAGUCUUUAUAGAAACUAUUUCUAUGGAACCUUUGAGUCAAAAUCAGAGAUUUGAAACUCUGAAAUGGCUUUUGGCCUCUAAGGGGUUCAGAAUCAAAGUAGAUCUAUCCCAUGUCGCAGCUUUGUGCACAGAUUUUGUACUCGCCGAUCUGAACGCCUUUGUUCUCCACGCAGCCAAAAUUAAAAGCAGAUUUUCAUCUACCGAGACUGGAAUUUCUGAACUAACAUUAAUGCAGGACGAUUUUUCAAAGGCUCAUGAAUACAUGCAGUCGAGGUAUUCGGAUUGGAUAGGUGCGCCGCGAGUACCAAAAGUCUAUUGGGAGGAUAUAGGAGGCCUGGCAGAUUUAAAGAGUGAAAUACUGCGAAGAAUAGAGCUACCGUUGUUGACGUCAGAUAAUGUCGGACUCAAUAGAACUGGUCUGCUUUUAUACGGCCCUCCAGGGACUGGGAAAACUCUUUUAGCUAAGGCAGUCGCAACCGAGUGUCAAGUUCACUUUCUAUCUGUGAAGGGACCUGAAUUAUUAAACAUGUACGUCGGGCAGAGUGAGAAAAAUGUCAGACAAGUAUUCGAAAGAGCAAGAGCAUCGGCGCCAUGUGUGAUAUUCUUUGAUGAGCUAGAUUCACUGGCGCCAAAUCGUGGAAAAAACGGAGAUAGCGGAGGAGUGAUGGAUCGUGUUGUUUCGCAACUGUUAGCUGAAAUAGAUGGAUUGGGAAGUAAAGGAAGCGUGUUUAUCAUUGGGGCAACAAAUAGGCCAGAUUUAAUUGAUCCAGCACUGCUAAGACCCGGAAGAUUUGACAAAUUGUUAUACGUGGGAAUAUCGUCAGACAAAAAAUCACAGCUGAGUAUAUUAAAGGCACUGACUAGAUCAUUCAAAUUCUCUGAUAACGGUGCUGAACUUGACCAACUUGUUGAAAUAUUACCGGACAAUUUAACCGGCGCCGAUUUGUACGCAGUUUGUUCAAAUGCCUGGCUUUUCGCAGUGCGUAGAAAUUUAGAGAAACUCGAUAAUAAGAAUGAAACCGAUCAAGAGAUGAAAGAUGAUAAUGAUAGUCUCGUGGAUCACAACAAAGUUGUUGUGACCAAAGAUGACUUUUUCAAAGCAGCCAAAAAUAUCACACCUUCCGUCGGUAAAGAUGAAUUAAAACGUUACGAAAGAUUAAGAUAUGAAUUAAGUCCUACGGUUAGGUAGAUUUAAAAAUGAAAUUAUUUUUCCACCCAGUAUAAAACAUGCACGUGACGUCCACCAUUCUCCAGGGUGAUAUAUUUUCUUUUAUCAGAAGCACGAUGGCACAAGAAUUUAAUGUGGCAAUUUAAUUCAUAUCUAUGUUAUGUAUUAUAGCCUUGUCUUCCGUACUGAUUAUUACAUCCCAUAUCACUGCUCUAAUUGAAAAAGAAGCGUUACGAUGAGGCUUAUCGAAAUCAGUCUUUGCCCUGUCCACUCAGGCAUCUUGUGACAGACCCGAUAGAAUUUCCUGAGAGAUUAUGCCAAAGCAUGAAAUCAUGUACAGAGGCACAUGUUACGGGUAAAUAGUCAAAGGGUCCCAUAAUUAAACGUCUUGUAACGCACCAAUCUUUAUCUCAGCUUCCAAUUUUUGUACAUCAUAAGGAAUAUAUAAUUAUAAUCUUCAUGUAUUGGUAAAUUUUAAUUAAAAAAAAAAAUCUGCACUACGUAUUUUGAUGAGUUAUCAUCUAUGUGUACAGAAAAAGAACGGUUCGCAGAGAACUAAAAAUAAGUCGAAAAGCGACGGUGAGUCAGAUAAAUUAAUCCUAAAGGAAAAGGAGAAAGAAAACCAAUACGUACAAGUUUUUUAAUUUUACAAUUUAUCACGCAGUGAUCUAUACAACUAUACGUAACAAAAUUUUUGUCAUGUUUACUGAAUAUGUAGAGUAUUUUCAUUGUCUUGUCGUUUUUUGGUCUCAGAUACAGUUUUUUACAGUAUUGAAACAUUUGAUCGCGAAUAAUUACAGAGUAAAUGCAUAACGGAUCGUUAAUACUGCGCCAAAAAUAAAUAUAAACAUAUUAUAGGUAUAUGGGUAUAGAUAUGUACACGUAUUGCAACAAUAUAAUGUGAUUAAAGAAAAUAAAAUUUAUAUACACGAACACAUAAGAUAGGAUUCAUUAUUGCGAUGACAAUAAAUAAAAAUGUUCGAACAAUACCGACAAUGAACAAACAAACAAACAAACAAACAAACAAACAAACAAAUGAAUGAUGAUGAUAGCGAAAUUAAGGAAAAUAACAAAAUUGAUAAACAAGUAUUAAUAGAUGUGGUUAAUAGGACAUUAUAUUAUUAUGUACACCCUUGGAGAACGUGAUAUAAUUAAAAUUAUCUGUUUCUCUAAGAGAAGUUCAAUUAAAGUAUCAAGCUUAAUUGGACAUGAACGUUGUAGACUAAUUAGGUAUAUUUAAACCGACGAUAUUACAAAGGUUCAAGGAGCAAACUGUACAAUUCGAGUCUCACACGCCCACACAUAUUUUUGUAACGUUCUCAUAAAUGUUCAUCAGAUCGAAUACAAUUUCAUAUUGUUGACUGACUCGGAAAAUUUUUAAUAACGACUUAGAAAUUGUCCGUAAUUUGAAUAUUUUUAAACUGAUAUUCUAAAGUGUUUCAUUAAAAAUCACCGAAUACAUAUCUAAUUUGAAACACUUUAAUUCAAUAUUGGCAAAAGAACAAUAAGACUUGGAUGCAGUUGAUUUUAAACCCACAGCCUGUUAUUCUAGAGAGUAACAUAAUUUUGAAAAGAUCAGAUAUAAUUUUUUGACCUUUUUGAUCGUUUAGAUUUCUGAAUUAUCUGAUAUUCCAGAGUGUGAAAAUUUUCCUUGUCACCUUUUCCAAUGCUCACAAUAAAGUUUAGAAUAUUGGAUGUGUUAAACUUCUCGUAAACAAACAUUCGCGAAACCAAUGUCGGUAAAUAAAUAAGUAAAUAAACAAUUAAGCCAGUUGUAACAUCAACGUUAUACGCGCAACAGCAGCAGAACAUUGACGGUUUUCUUUGUAUUCAUAGGAAAUCGUUAUAAUUGUGUGUAACUGCUAAUUGUACAGUUUGAUUUUUGUGAAAGAUGAGAAACACAGAUUUUGAAUUGAAAUCCGCAGACGAGCAAAGUCCGCGAAUUAAUUAACGCCCCGACAAGUGACCCCUUUGCGUCGAGAUGCAAUAAUUAGCUGGUCACAGUUACUCGCUUCUUACGAGGACAACAAUCUUCUCUGUAUAUUGGUUGUAAUUUCAGUACUGAGCUCUUGGAGUAGGCUUGAAAGUACACCGUUUACUCUGUCAUUUUAAUUAUUACUUGAGAUUAUGCUAUUAAUAACAAACUUAAAACCACUUCGAGACUCGUCGAAUUUAAGUUUACAAAAGGCAGUGUAGCUCGUGUAUGGAGUCAAGUUGACCCGAUGCGAGAAUAUCACAGAAAAAUCGAACGCAGUUAUCAAUUCGUACCAAGAAUUUUAAAAUCCUUAGGGUAAGCCGUAGAACAAAUAAUUCUCACACCACUCCCGAGCUCCCUCGUGAUUCGUACAGCACCAUGGAUAAACUACAGGGCUUUUUGUCUUC